AUGUCACAUACGAAGAAAUCAAUGCAUUAAAUGCAACAUGCGGUGGUUUAGACUCUUGUGAACUGCCGAGAGAUCCCGGUUCUCUUGGACACUGCAGCUGUGACAGGUUCUGCAGUUUGUUGGGAACAUGCUGCAUAGACUCUAGAUAUAGAGACAUAUAUCCUGAACCUUUGAAAAGCAUCGAAUGUUUCUACAUCCAUUUUAGAAAAAUGCACCAUAAUAUACCUAUGAUAAGAAGUUGUGAUCCGGAUGUGGAAACUGAUGAAGCUACCGAGAAACUUUGCAAUAGCGAUGGCGAAGAAACAAGUGAUCCCUUUUUGGAAAUACCCGUUACUGAUCCAAUAACUGGUAUUUCAUAUAAGAAUUACUAUUGCUUUGCUUGCAACAAAAACUAUGGUGGAGAAGAGCCAAUACUAUGGAAUAUAGAACUAGUCACUAAAGCUGUUCGAUUAGUAGGCUCCUCAACACGAAACCUGCAAUACGACCAAUCCAGGCUAUUAUGGUUUCUGAAGGUUACUAAUUCAACAUCUGUUCCAAGUCUGAGUUAUGAUAAUACCCGAAAAACUUGGGUUAUGGAUCACAAUCAGAAGAAUGCCACCGACGUCUAUUUUACUGCAUCUCUUCCGGAAGAGUUAAAAAAUGUUACACCUGUUUGUUACGAUAUGGUUGACCCGAUUAUUUCGGAAUGUGCAUCGAAUUGGACAGAUGACAAUGUGAAAAAGAAGUGCAUGGCUUAUAUGGCUGUGAUUUCCAUCCCGGUACAUGAUCCUAACUUCAAACGCUCUCCUCCUACCUACAAACACUAUCAUAAUCCACAUUGCGCCCUUUGCAAUUAUGAGAGUAUGGAUGACCUGAGCUGUCACGUAGAGGAAUUUAGAAUCUAUUAUGCUCUGGAUCAUUCCCAAGUUUAUUUACUUAGAUUAUUCUCUCUCCAAGACAGAACAACAAAAACUUGUGCAGACUUUAUGGUGUAUGAUCAUUUUUCAAACAAGUGCAGAAGAGUAUAUAGAUCAAAGAGGCGCACUUAA